ACUUUAAACAGCUAAAUCAUCAUGACGCCGUUAUUCAUCAUAUUUAUUUUAAAGGAAUACAUAUAUCAAACACUUAUAUUUUCUUUGUUUGCAGCAUCUUAUAAAUAUUGUUGUCGGGGUAUGUACUGCCCGGUAGACUGUCCCUUAACAAUUGAGUUCCACGCCUUUGGUAAGACAUACCUUGUCAACCCAUCUGUAAAGCUUACAUGCUCGGAACAUAUUUUUGAGAAAGACAUUGAAGUGAUCGCUCAGCCUGGCAUUCACCCCAUGGAGAUCUUUUACUAUUUCACUAACGACUCAGGAGUAGAGAAGGGAAAAAGAAGGAUUGUUGAUGUUAAGGUCGAAGUGGCCUUAAUUGCACAGCUUAACUCAGAAAACGUCGAAGAUUGGACAGUCAAAGGAUGGAAAAUAUCUGGUGGCCUGGGAAUGGUCAACGAACUACUUAGUGGGCUGGUUGAGAGUCCAUUGUUGCCAUGGAAACCAUUUUACAAGGACGUUGGGUUUUGCCUCCGUUUUAGUUUCCAACUUCCUACGAGGUUCGACUCUUCAUUGGAAGUUUACAUUAAAACACCCCAAGAGAAAGUUUUAAUUUGGAAACUGCGUGGUUACCAAGGAAACAAAUGGAACAGUGGGACGAUCACUUUAAGACCACAAGAGGAAAUUCAAAUCGUAUUUCAAGGCCUCAGUGCAGUGAACGGCACUCCCAGCAUACUUGUUGACAACAUCGCAAUUACAACCGAGGCAUGUGCAACGACUCCAUCCUACGCGUCUCCAGACUUUAGUUGUAGUCCCAAUGAGUUUCAAUGUGAUAAUGGUCAAUGCACGAGCUCCACACAUCGCUGCGACAAUGACAUCAACUGUAUUGACGGUUCAGACGAGAAGGAUUGCACUUGCCUAAAAGUAGAGUUACCAUGUUCUUCGGGGGGUUGUGUUCCAUCCGAUAAACUAUGCAAUGGAUUAGAUGACUGCUCAGAUGGUACAGAUGAGCGCUUUUGUGGGACCUCGUGCUCAGGUAACUUGUUUCAAUGCGCAGAUGGUGCAUGCGUUCCAUGGUCCUCAACGUGCCGCCGGGACAACCUUCCAGUUUGUCAAGAUGGAUCCCACUUGCCUUCAAUUUGUGGAUCAAGUGAAUGUCCUCUGAACAAUCUCAACUGUAAAGAUAACACCUCCGAAACUGACUGUGACAAAUACUUUAAAGGCGAGUAUAUUUUGAUUAGUAAUUACAAAUAACAGUUUAACGGGGAAACCUAGCACAGAUGGCAAUGGCAUGGACCCGGGGUAUCUUGAAUUCAUUCAUGAACGAUCUCCCAUUUUUUAACACUCCCUAUCUUCCAUUCAUUUUACGAAGUUACCCAUACACCUUUCUUAAGU